UUAGCGAAAGCGCAGUCGCAAAAAAUAGCAGAAGCUUUUUUUUUUAUUAAUGUUUGUUAUCCCUUUAAUUGACACAUUUUUCUUAUAAAUUUUUUAUGAGAAAUUGUGUGUUUUUCGUGAAAGUAAAUAAAUAAAUAAACAUAAAAAUAAAUAAGUGAUAUAUAAGUGGACUUUCGUACUUGUGCGUAACAAUUAUUAUCAACAUGGGAAUUAGUGAAAUAAAUUUAUGGGUUUUAAUUCGUAGAUAUGAUCAGCUGGUUUUAGAAUCUGAAGAAGAUGUAAAAGAUUUGGAAUCAACAUUGCGUCGUGUUACAUUGCCUUCUGGGUCAACAUUAGAUGAAUUGAAAUCGACAAUUUAUUCUUGGAUAGGUAUCGAAGAAGAUUCCUCCAGAGUUUUAAAAAUUAGACGUCACGACAAUAAUCUUAUUCCACUUUCCAGUUUACUUAGUGGAUCAUCAAAAGACAAGCCUUUUAUUAUUGACAUUGUUCGUGUUCACCAAUUUUGUUCAGUGGAAAAACGAACUAUUCCACCAGGAUACAUUGAUGCCUUGAAAUCAAAACUGGCAAAUUUAGAAAAAAGGGUAAUGGCAGCGGAGUGUGCUUUACCGGAAGUGGCUUCAGCUCAUAUUCAAGCAGUGGAGGAAGCUGCAUCUCAAUUAGCAACGUGUGUAGGAUUUUUAGAUCGACGACUAGAUGAAUUAGUGCCAUCCGAUUGGAAAUCUCAAAUUGGCACUGUUCAUUCCGUUGCUUCAUAGAAUUAAAAAAAAAAAUUAACUUCUGAGAUCUGAUUUUAUUAUGAAACUAUUGUUCAACAUCGUAAUCGAUUAAAAAAAAAGAAGUAACUGAUAAAGAAGAAAAACUUUAAGGCAGUAUUAUAAUAUAUAAUAUAAUUUAUUUUGUUGAUUAUCAUACAUAUAUAUUUUAUCGCUUAGGCACUGCCUCAAGUAAUAAUUUAAUAAUUGUAAGUGAAUAAAACAAACACGAUAUUUGAAAUACAAUUCAAUGCAGUAUAGUCUAUA